CCAAAUAAAUAUUUUUAAAAAGGGGUUGGGGAGAUGGACCUAAUCUUUCUGAGGUGCAUUCUUAAACAUUCUAUGAUGACUAUUAAAGAAACUCUGAACAAAUACCUUGCACAAUUUAUAUUGGGCCAUUUUCAAUAUAUGUAAGUAGUCUAUUAUUUAAUUUCCUCUAAAAUCUGAAGCCAAACAUAUAUCUUCACUUCGCUUAUCUAUUAUAUUAUUUGGGAAGCAGAUUUACAUACUAAUUAUGAGCAUGAAUUGUGUCAGACAAAACAAUUAUCUUAAUAAAACUUUAUUAUUAUUGUUAUCUCAUAUUUACUAGGUAGAGGGCCCUAGGGGAGUAACAUAACCUCUCAAUUUCAUCUGUAAAAAAGAAAUGUGUAUCCUGUAGAGUCGUUGAUGCAAGGAUUAAAUGAGAUAAUGCAUGUGAAUUACUUAACACAUACCAGUAUAUAGAAAUACACCCAAUAAGUACUAAUUCCAUCAUAAUCAUGAGUAAAAACCAGUUGCUGGUUUUUGAGUAUUUGAGCAUUUGAGGAUUCCGGGGAAAAGAAUGGAUUUAUGCAUAUCAUGAGGCAAGUUGAACAGCUGCCCCAUCCAAUGUACCUACUGGACCCCAGUUUCCUGAAGGAUGAUGUCUGUCCUCUUUUCUUUUCCUACUCAUCACUUCCUCCAAGCCCCCGCCCCCACCCCGCUGGCUCAGGCUUCAGAAGACUCUGCGGGAUCUUUCUGCCUUUCCCUUGGUCUCCAGGCACAGUGUGUGUGGUGCGCCCAGUACCUUAACACCUCGCUGUUCGCUGGUUGCUGCAGCGUCCCCAGCCAGCUCACAGAUACGAUGACUUCAGCCUUAAGCUCGCUUAAUGAGUAUCCUCAUUGGCUUCUCAAUUCCCAAGGGCCUUCUUUUUUUUUUCCCUGAAAGGGAAAUGAAAGUUCAAAACAGCUCACCCGGCUCGGUUAGCCUUUGGAGGCGCUGCGGUUAGAGGCUAACAAAGCCAAGGGCAGCUGUCGCCGGAACCUGUUGGCAGAGAAGUUUAAAGUGUACCCGCAACAGGUGGCGGCUGCUGCUGAGAGUGCGCUUGUGAGAAAGAAUGGCGACUGCACGCAGAAAACUCCUGCAAAGCAGGCAAGUGGGAACUCUUCUCAUUUUUCUGUGCUUAUCUGUGGGGGGUGCAGCAACCAUUCGCUAUUCGGUGGCAGAGGAGAUGGAGAGCGGUUCGUUUGUAGCUAAUGUGGCUAAGGACCUGGGGCUGGAGGUAGGGAAGCUGGCUGGGCGUGGGGCGCGGCUUGUUUCCGAGGGCAAUAAACUGCAUUUCCGGCUCCACCGCAAGACAGGGGAUCUGUUCGUGAAGGAGAAACUGGAUCGGGAGUCACUCUGUGGCAAAGCUGACCCAUGCGUUCUGCACUUUGAAGUAGUCCUGGUGGAGCCACUGCAGUCCUUUCGCGUGGAGGUCAGGGUAUUUGAUAUCAAUGACAAUGCCCCGGUUUUCCUAAACAAGGAGCCUCUGUUAAGGAUUCCGGAGAGCACCCCCCUGGGUUCACGCUUUCCUCUGCAGAGUGCCCAGGAUCUGGACGUCGGCCUCAACGGUCUCCAAAACUACACCCUAAGCGCCAAUGAGUAUUUCCACCUGCACACCCGCUUCCGCAGCCACGGGCCCAAGUAUGCGGAACUAGUGCUGGAUAAACCCCUGGACAGAGAGGAGCAGCCGGAAGUCAACAUGACAAUUACAGCUGUGGACGGAGGGUCUCCACCCAAAUCUGGCACCGCCCACAUCCGGGUGGAGGUUCUGGACGUCAAUGAUCACGUGCCCCAAUUCUCUCGACUGGUAUACCGAGCUCAGGUACCGGAAAAUAGCGCCAACGGUUCCCUGGUGGCUACGGUGACUGCCACCGACCUGGACGAGGGCUCCAACAAGGAGAUAACUUACUCGUUAGCUCAAAAUCCAGAAGUAAUCCUCCAGACAUUUCAGAUUAACUCUGAAAGUGGAGAGGUUCGACUAAGAGGGCCCCUAGAUUUUGAAGCUAUUGAAACAUACGACAUUGACAUUCAAGCUACCGAUGGAGGAGGCCUCUCUGCCCACAGCAAAGUCCUGGUGGAAGUGGUGGAUGUUAAUGACAAUCCUCCUGAAAUUACAGUUUCCUCUGUGUCCAGCCCUCUCCCUGAGGACUCUCCACUACAGACUGUCGUGGCCCUUUUCUCUAUCAGAGACCGGGACAUUCGAGUGGGAGGAAAGAUCACCUGCUUCCUCAAAGAAGACCUUCCCUUUGCAGUCAAACCUACAUUCCGGAACUCCUACUCACUGGUCACUGACAGAGGCUUGGAUCGGGAGGAGGUCUCUGGCUAUAACAUCACCCUUGUUGCCAUGGAUACUGGACCACCCACUCUGUCCUCAGAGACUGUGAUAGAGGUGCUAAUAUCAGACAUUAAUGACAACCCCCCAGUAUUUCAGGAAGAUUCCUACAUCUUGACUGUUAGAGAAAACAACAGCCCUGCAGUUUUUAUUGGCAAAGUCCUUGCUGAGGAUCUAGAUUUGGGUGAGAAUGCCAAAGUAAUGUAUUCCCUGUUGCCUCCAAAAAGUGGAGAUCUAUCAGUCUUUGCUUACAUCUCCAUAAAUUCAGACAAUGGGAAACUCUAUGCACUGAGAACGAUGGAUUAUGAGGCCAUUCAAGAUUUUCAGUUUGUGGUAAAGGCAACUGAUGGGGGCUUCCUGUCACUGAGUAGCCAGGUUACUGUCAGAGUGGUUGUCCUGGAUGACAAUGAUAACCGUCCAAUGAUCUUGUACCCACUGCAAAAUGGCACUUUGCCCUGCAAUGACCUGGUACCCAGGUCUGCAGAGGCGGGCUACCUGGUGACCAAGGUGGUGGCAGUGGAUGGUGACUCGGGUCAGAAUUCUUGGCUUUCAUAUCAUCUAUUUAAGGCCACUGACCUUGGGUUAUUCUCUGUUCAGCAACAAAAUGGGGAAAUCCGUACAUUGCGGCAGGUAUCUGAGAGAGACCCCAUGAUGCAGAAACUGGUCAUUCUUGUUCAGGAUCAUGGCCAACCAGCUCUUUCUACUACUGCCUCACUUAACAUUCUCCUGGUAGAUGGCUUUUCUGAGCCCUAUCUGCAGUUUCGGGAUACAUUUAAGCAUCCUACAAGGGUAAAUCCAUCCACUAAAUAUUUAGUCAUUUCUCUGGCUGUGCUUUCCUUUCUCUUUCUCCUCUCUGUCACAGUGAUCUUCAUUAUACAUAUCUGCCAGAAGAUUAAACACAGAGAAAAGUUCACAAUUCAAGAGCAUUUCUAUGAUGACUGCAAUUUCUCUAACCUGGUACAAGGAGGAGCCAGUAGACCCGUAUCGCAGCCUUGUCCCUACGAGAUGUGCUCAGCCACUGGCACUAGCAAUAGUGAGUUCCGGUUUCUUAAGCGCUUUAUGCCCAACUUCCCUUUCCCCCAUGGAACUGGAGAGGCAAAAACAGAGGCUGGCUCCAGAUUACCACCAGAUUCUGAUAGGAACAGGUCUCGGGGUUCAGAGGGCCAUGCCCAAGUAUCUGAUGACUAUAUGUAACCAUUACCCAUGUCUCCUGUGGAAGUUCACUAGUUCUGGCUCUGGAAACACUUAGUUCCAUAGAGAUACCGUGUUAUUUUGCCUUUAAGUUAUUUUCUAUUAGAAGGUUACACAUGGUUAGGGGAAGAGAACUAGCUUCUAAUUUUGAUGUCAGAAAGCAAUUAAGUUGAGAAGUAGAAAUAUAGUUUGUCAUUAUUCAGAAAUUUCUAGAUUUUUGUCCCUUGAUGAGUAGAGAUCAUUUCUGAAUCAACGUCUUGUACCACCAUUCACAAUCAUGCAAAUGUCUGGUGAAUGGUGGUCCUCAAUAGAUAACCAGAUGGGAGGAAGGAUAAAGAAGAAAAAGGAUUUGCCUUAUUUGCAAAUAUAAAGGCAGAUAUAAGGCUAAAGAGAUUCAGUUCAGGAAUGUUUGCUAAAAUUAAGUUAGAUUUCUUAAUGGUUGUUGAAGAGCCUGAGGCAAGUCUUAAGUCUCUUUAUACCUAUCUCAUUGCUCAUCAGAGAACGGUUAUCUGAAUGUGGAGAAUGAAAAGUGGAUGAGGAAAAAAAACAGACUAAAUAAAACAAGUAGAUUUACAAAAGAUAUUAAAGGAAAAAGAAUUCACUAAUAUCAACUAAGUGGCCUUAAAGAAAGAUUUUCACCUAUUAUCAGAGUUGAUCUUAAGCCAUUUUCCCUUCUGAGCAUGCUAAUGUGAUGACAUACAUGGAAACUAAGAAAGAGGUAGUUCCUAGCCUAUCAUUCAUAAAAUGGAGUAAGGAAUCAAAUUCAAUUUAUUUUUGAUCAUCACUUUUCUGCAUUUAUAAGCUAUUUUAAGUUCUCUUAUUCUAAACUUAAAAAAAGCAAAAUAUUAACAUAUUUCAAGGAUACAAUUAACAUUACCAAUUGUGCCUUAACUGUCUAGGUUUGCUUUAAUGAGUCUUUAGUUAUGUACCUUAUUUUAUAUAACAUGUAAAUGCAGACCCACAAGGGGUAUAAGCACAAUAUUUGUACCUAGGAUUCCAAGGGUAGAGCAGUACCUCUAGUUUGGGCAAAGAGCUUCAAUUACCUAUUUAACUUUGAAAUGCAUAUAUAUAUAUAUAUAUAUACACAUUUCUACUGGAAGUUUCGAGUUACAACAGAAGUUUUUUAAAAGGAUUUAAAUUCCUUAUGAGAUAAUUUUAGAUUCAUAAAACUGCAAGGAUAGUAUAGAGUUAUCAUAUACUCUUCACCUGGCUUCCCUUAAUGUUACCAUCUUACAUAACCAUAGCACAGUCAACAAAAUUAAGAAAUUACUGUUGGUACAAUUCUAUUAACUAAAUUACAAAUGUUAUUCAGAUUUUACCCUACUGUCCUUUUUCUUUUCAAGGAUCCAAUCUAGGAUCUCACACAUGAAUUUAGUUUCUACCAUCCACCAUCGUCCCUUAACCUUUUGUCUUUCAUGACCUUGAGACUUUUGAAGAGGACUGGUCAGUUAUUUGUAAAAUAUCUCUCAAUUUCUUCCAGUUACAUUGAGGUAUAGCACUGGUUAAGGUAUACAGCAUAUGAUUACCACAAUAAGCUUAUUGUUAACAAAUAUGUCCCUCAACUUGACAUUGUCUUUGUUUUCUCAUAAUUAGAUUGUUCUGCAUUACUGGGAAGAAUAUUACAGAAAUGAUACUGUGACCUUCUCAAUCCAUAAUAUCAGGGGGUACAUGAUGUCAAAAUGUCUUAUCUGGUAAUGUUAAUAUUUUUUUUAACUGUGGUAGAAUAUUAACCAUUUUUAAGUAUGUAAUUCAGUAGUGUUAAAGUGAUGUCAUCUUAACCAAGUGCUCAAGAGUGACAUCUGUCACGUUUAUUUACUGUAAUGUUACUAUUUUUCCUCUUAUAAUUAAUAUGGGGAGGGAUACUUUGAAACUACAAUGCAAAUAUAAUGUUUCUGCUUUAACUUUUGCCCACUAAUUUUAGUAUCCAUUACUGGCUGUUUCCUGUGGCAAUUAAUAACUGUGGCAGUAAAUGGUGAAUUUCUGAUUCCUUUUACACUAAUUAACUGAAAUUCUUUAAGGACUACUUGUCACUUCUCCUGCAUUUACAUUUUACUCAUUUCUUUAUAUAUGGAUUCAUGGACAUUUACUAUAUUAUUUGGACUAUAACCCAAUGCUGCCAUUUUAUGAGCAAACUCUUAUGUGGGAUGAAGAGCAGAUUUUUAAGCCUGGAAUUAUCCAUAUAGAGCACAAUUGAUUCAAAAUGAGUAUUUCUUUGUAAUACUAUGUUACAUUAUCUUAAAGCAUGCAUAAAAAUCUUUUAUUUAUAAUGUUUUAACUUUAAAUGAAAAUUAAAUUUGAUCUGAAAUUUCCAUUAGUUAUAAAAUAGAUAUUAACUAUGAAAAUUUAAAAUCAGACAUAUUUAUAAGCUAAGUAUAAUAAAGAUGUCAUUUAAAUAGAUUUACAGGCUGAAAUUAGACAUAUAUAUAAAAUGGAAUUGAUCUCUUUGGCUUUAUUUAAUUCUACUAAAGAUAAAUAUAUAUAUAUUGCUUUCUCCAUGUCUGUGCUUUUUGUUGUUUUAUAUUUAAAGAUAAAUCUUAUUCUCAAAAGCAAAAUUUAUCCAUAUAAUUCUCAUAUAUAAAGGUUUAUUUUCUACAGAGUUGAACAUAAAAGUACAUGAUUAAUCACACAUCCUCUUCAGCCUACAAUUUGACCUCAUUUCCAAAUCUAUAUAACUUUUUAUAAUAUUGAAAUAUUUGUGUUUACAGAAUACUGAAACAUAAUAUUAAAAAGUAAAAGUAACAAGUGUUUUGUUUCAACUGGUGAAGCAAGCUAAUGUUUUUAUGUACCACGCUUUUCUCUAAACAGAGAUAACAGAUAAAAUUUUAAAUGCAAACACUAGAAAUGAAGCAAAUAUAGCCACUGCAGAAAGAUUCCUGAAGUUAUUCAUUGUAGUAUGUUUCAGACCUAUGGAAGCUGGAAUACAAAGACUACAUGCUAAACCUUAUAGCUAAUAGGCUCAAUGAAAUCAAUUGUACUAUUUUGGAUAAGUACGGUUUUGUACCAUGUUGGAUCAGAAGCCCAAGUCACUAUUGUAAGACCUGAUUCUAGACCAUAUCUGGGUGGUCUAGGGAUAAAUAUUGGUGGGGAGAGAAAGGAUAGAGAAUAUGCUUUUUAAAAUGUACUACUCAUAAUGCAAUUUUUAAAAAAGCUACUUGUAAAGAUGAUUUCAGGACUACACCCACAAAAUAGACAAUUAAUUAUGGAAGAAACAAACCAUG